AUGGCUGACAUUGUCUUGGUAGACAAUGAGAUUAGCAAGAUCAAUGGUAAUGACUCUGACAUUGAAAGAGACAUGAACUCUGACUCUGGCAGUGGUGAAAAAGAAGGUGUUGAGACAGAUGUUGAAGAGUUUGUUAACGAAGACCCAUUUGAUGCUUCUAACAUGCCUGAAAACCCUGUCCAUUGGUUCAUUGCUACCUUUGCCGUUCUUUUUAUCUUGCGUUAUAUUAUUAACAAAGGUAUCACCGUAUUGAUUAAAUUUAUCAAUCAGUUACUCAAGAUCUAUAGCAAAGAUUUCCAAUUACUAACAAGUCUUAUUGGUCUGCAAAGAAUGACUGAUUUUUCCAAUUACAUCAAUGGUAUUAAGAAGUCUGUUAUAUGUGAAGACUGCCACAAGGUUUACAAACAAGAUGUGUCUCUCCCUACUCAUUGUGACUUCAAAAAGCAUGGUUCUCAAUCAGUAUGCAAUUGUGAAUUGAUGAAGGUUUCAUCUUCUGGUGCCAUGGUAGCCAAGCAAUCAUAUGUCUAUAACUCUAUCCAGAGAUCAUUACAAUUCUGGGUGCUAGUGUAUUCGCCUAUCUUGUUGAAAGCUGUUCUGCCAAUUGAAAUGUUCAGAAAUUGGAUCAGUUUUGUUGAUGUCUGCUGCCAAUUAGUAAAGCCAAGCAUCACGUUCUCUGACAUUGACGACGGCCAUAAAUUUCUUCAAGAAUUCUGUACUGAGUGCCAGCGUAUUUACACUCCAACUCUUCUCACCUGUAACAUGCAUUUACAUCUUCAUCUUUGUGAGACCAUCUGUGAUUUUGGAUCUGUAUAUGACUAUUGGCUCUUUGGGUUUGAGCAAUAUAAUGGUUUGUUAAAGAACGUAAGCACAAACAGAAAAGAUUCUUUUGAGGCUACGUAUAUGCAGAGUUUUGUUCAAGAUACUUUCAAGGGUAACUAUGUCAAUGCCGUUCUCCAAUGUCCAAGCCAAGUCCCCUUUCUUCUGCUUCUCACCAAGCUUACUGCCACUGCUCAACCAUCCAGUUUAAAAAACAAGAUAACUUUCCCACAACGCCCGUUCAGAUUAGCAGCCUUUGUCUAA